AUGGAGCACAAAUCCGUCGAGCAUACCGAGCUUGUCAGUUCAGGCAAAAGUGGUCUCGAGCCUGACCGACUAACGCCUGCCCGGACAAUGACUCCCGAGCAAUUUGCCCUGGCAGAGAAGAGGCUGAAGAAGAAACUGGAUAUGCGUCUUUUGCUCUGUGUCUGGAUUAUUUUCGUGAUGAAUUACCUGGAUCGAAACAACAUAUCCGCUGCAAAGAUAGCCGGCAUUGAGGGCUCCCUUGGCCUAAGCAGCACGCACUAUGCUACGGCCGUGGCUCUGCUUUUCGCUGGUUACGUGCUGAUGCAAAUCCCAUCCAAUAUUUUACUGGCCAACCUACGCCCUUCACUCUACAUCCCGUCCGUUAUGGUCAUCUGGGGCAUGCUCUCUGCGCUGGUAGGAGCCGUCCACAACGCAGCCGGUUUGUAUGCUCUCCGGUUCCUGCUUGGGUUUGUUGAGGCAGCGUUUUAUCCCGGCGCGCUCUUCCUCAUCUCAUCCUGGUAUAAGCGUUCCGAAAUGGGAGUACGUAGCGCCUUUCUCUUCUCCGGCUCCCAGCUGGGAAGCGCAUUCUCCGGCCUUAUCGGCGCCGGCAUUACGAGCGGUCUAGACGGGGCCCGAGGGCUCGAAUCAUGGCGCUGGAUCUUUAUCAUUGAGGGCUCAGCAACCAUUUUUAUUGCUCUUAUGGCCUUCUUCAUCCUCCCAAACUACCCCUCGAAUACCCCAUGGCUAACCCAGGAAGAGCGCGCCGUCGCCGAAUGGCGCCUAAUUGCGGAUGCCGGUCAGGUUGACGAAGAUGAUGAACGCUGGAGCUACGGAUUCCAGAUGGCUUUUAGCGACUGGCGGUUGUACGCCUUCGCGCUCAGUUUUCUUUGCAUCCAAGUCGCGAGUGCGACGUCCAACUUUUUUCCCGCCGUCGUUAAGACGCUAGGUUUUAGCACUGUUAAUACCUUGCUGCUUACUGUCCCACCCUACAUGGUAGCCCUAGUCAUCUCUAUAGCUAAUAAUUGGUCUGCUGAUCGGCUUCGCAAUUCGUCCUUUCACGCUAUCUGGCCACUUUCAGUUGCGAUUGCCGGUUUUGUUAUUGCGGCCGCUACGCUAAACACGGGCGCGAGGUACUUCGCCAUGAUUUUGAUGGUAGCCGGGGGGCAUGGCUCGAACGCUGUCGUGCUGGCCUGGACGCAGAAAACAAUGCUUAGGCCUAGAAUUAAGCGGGCGUCGGCUGUGGCAUUUGUUAAUGCCUUUGGGAACCUUUCGCAAGUACAUACCAACCUCCUUACCUUCAGCGAACGAAUCAAAUAA